GCCACGGCGGCAUGCCAAUGAUGCAGCAGCAGCAGAAGCAGAGGCACAAACGGCAGCAGCAGCAGGAGCCGCCGGCAACCAUACACUGCAGCCUGUCAAUGAAUGUGGGCGUGGCAGCUGCUGGUCCAAUCGCAGAGGGAGUGAGACAUGCAGCAGCAGCAGCAGCAGAGGAGGAGGCAGCAACAGCAGCUGCAGCAGCAUCAGCGGCCGUCACCGUCAUGCAUUGGUCUGUGGUUGACAUAUGCGGGGCACGCAGCUGGGGCUGAUGCCACAAGCCACAGUCCAACCAACCCACCCAGACACCACCCAUCCCCUCCCACACAUAGAUAAUCCCUCAGCCCUACCCUACCCCUCACCUAUGCCCAAGGCACUUGGUCGAGUAAUUUUUUUGCGAAUGAGAGAGCGAGAGUGAGAGCGAGAGAGAGGAGCAGCUUACAGCUGCAUUACUUUAUAGCGAAAAAAACGAAAACUCUGUUACUGAAUAUAUACCACAUA